AUGCAGAUUUUCUUCUUCCUGGUGUUUUUAGUUAUUUAUUUGGUUACUCUGGUUGGGAACAUAAUGAUCAUGAUGGUGAUAAGAGCUGAUUCUCACCAUCACACCCCCAUGUACUUCUUCCUGUUCCAUUUAUCUUGUGUUGAUAUCUGCUAUUCCUCAAUCACAGUGCCUAAAAUGCUGAUAAACUUCCUAGCAGAGCACAAAACUAUUUCUGUGAAUGGCUGCAUUGCCCAGAUGUUCUUCAUCAUCCUCUCAGGUUCUGAAGAACUUUUCAUUCUCUCAGCCAUAACAUAUGACCGCUCUGCGGCCAUCUGUGACCCAUUGAAUUACAUGGAGAAAAUGAGAAAAGAGAUCUGUGUUCAGCUGGUGAGUGGCACAUGGGCAAUGGGUUUAUUUCAUGCCCUACUUACCACAGUUUUUACAUUGAAGUUGCACUUUUGUGGGCCCAAUCAAAUCAGCCAUUUCAGCUGUGAGUUCCCUCAUCUAUUACAGCUGUCCUGCACUGAAACCCUCACCAACCAAGUGGUGCUUCUCACUUCCGCUAUGAUAUUUGGAUCAAACUCCUUCCUCUUCACCCUGAUCUCCUACAUUCAUGUCAUCACCACCAUCCUUAAGCUUCGCUCUGCUGAGGGCAGGCAUAAAACCUUCUCCACCUGCAGCUCCCACCUUAUUGUGGUUGGCUUAUUGUACAUGAAAGUUUUUUUCCAGUAUACAAAACCCAGAUCAGUCUCCUCUGUGCUUCUGGAUGAAAUGCUAUCCCUCCAGUACAGCAUCUUGACCCCCAUGUUAAAUCCCAUCGUCCACAGCCUGAAAAACAGGGAGGUGUAA